GUUGGCUUCAUGCAAUUCCUUUUCGCAAAGAAUACAGAAUUGAAAAAGUUAUGAUGAGCACUGUGCUGAUGUACUCGAAAACUGAAAAUAACCGAGUUACUGACUGAAAUAAGGAAGGCAGCUUUGACAGGGCUACUCUUCCUUGUUCAACAGUAUCGUGGUUAUUCUCGUCUGUUACUCGCUUAUUUCAGUUUUUCGAUUAGUUUGUUGCUAUUAAAGUAUAAUAAAUUCUUGCCUCCAUGCGGAAUGAAAGGGAAUUUAGAUUUACGUGUGAAGAUUUCUUUUACUGUUUAGACUUACUCCAGUAUUUAUACUGCAUCUUUACCUUAUAUGUUUAAUAGUCUACUUACAACUCUACGUACUUAACUACAACAAAACUUUUUACUUACUACUCUUACUCAACUACUUACAACUACAUCCUACGAGGACAACAUCUUUUUCUAAGGACCGACGUCCUGAAGUGCAAAAAAGCCGCAGUCGCUUAUCUACAAGGCGAUCGCAAGUUUACUUCGUUUGGUGUAGGUAAGAUGCAAGACUUCUGCCUAGAACAUUGGAUCCCGAUGACCGCAGGCCUCGAAGACACCUUUCCGGAAGACGUCACAAAAUGAAAAAUCUUGUUGGAUGAAUACCACGAGGCGGAUGAUGUGGAUUUCG